AUGAAUGUUGAUCGACUAGAUAUACUUGAAAAUACGAUGGUUGCCAAUGAUCAGGUUACAUUGCUACAUUGCCAUUUAACUAUUUAUCUCUCGAUCCCUCGAUGUCUCUGUGUCCAUUCUGGAGAGUUUGUAAAGCAGGGAGGACCGAUCCCUGUUGUUCCCACCGCUGACCUCCAGACCAGAGUCGCUAGUGCUUCUGAGAAGGACAUUGUUCACUCUGGGCUGGCCUAUACCAUGGAGAGAUCUGCCAGGCAAAUCAUGCGUACGGCCAGUAAGUACAACCUGGGUCUGGACCUGCGGACGGCUGCGUACGUCAACGCCAUCGAGAAGGUGUUCAAGGUCUACAACGAGGCCGGCAUUGAGAAAGAGAGUUUGGAAAGCAGGGAGGACCGAUCCCUGUUGUUCCCACCGCUGACCUCCAGACCAGAGUCGCUAGUGCUUCUGAGAAGGACAUUGUUCACUCUGGGCUGGCCUACACCAUGGAGAGAUCUGCCAGGCAAAUCAUGCAUACGGCCACUAAGUUCAUCCUGGGUCUGGACCUGCGGACGGCUGCGUACGUCAACGCCAUCGAGAAGGUGUUCAAGGUCUACAACGAGGCCGGCAUUGAGAUAGUGAAUAGUUAUUUUUUAGCCUCUUUACGAUAUUAUUCAAUUCAAAUGAGUUUCUUCAAUGUACAGGAGACAGAGUAGGCAGAUUAUAUAUUGUUUUCUUGGUUUCAGAACUACAUUUUCUCUUACAGCAUUAGGGCCAUUUAUUUAAAUUUGCCCUGCUAACUUUA